AUGCCAAAGAUCCAUGGGUACGCAUAUGGAUACCUUGAACUCACUAAUGCUGGUUCAAUAUUAAACGAUUUACGAAGUCAUCAAAAUGCUAGCUUAGAAAAUGCUAUUCACAUUCAAAUUCAAAAUUUCCAAUUAAUAUACAAUACAUUACAAGCGACAUAUGAUAUGUGGAUACAAAAUCUAGAGAAAUAUCGUCAAAUAUGUUCAUUAUUAAAAUUAUUUUCUAAUCGUGAAAUAAUGAUUUUAAUUAUUCUACUUCGAACAUCGAAUGCACAGAAUUCUAUUCGAAAUCAUUUUCUGAAAAAUUUAUUUUCAUUUAAAGAUUUAAAUAAUCAAAAUGACGACGAACAAAAAUUAGCUAUUCAUUGUCUUGAACAUUAUCUUCGUUCAUUAAGAAUUUCCCAAGCGAAUUUA